AUGAGCAAGCCGGUAUUCGAUCUCCCCGACGUCGGCGGCGCCGACCCCGACCGGCCCCCGGCGGACGACGGCGCCAUGCGGGCCCGCUUCAGCGACGGUGGCGGCGCCCCCGUGAAACCGGCGCUCAAAGUGCGCCCGCAGACACUGCCGCUCCUCAGCUCGACGCCGCCCACCGUCGCCCGGGCGCUCACCAAGGCCUACCCCUAUUUGGUGAUAGUCAACCACUUCUUGGCCGUCGCCACCUGGACCAACGACGACCCUUGGGUCAACGUCACCGCCGUUUUGGCGUACACGCUCGCCGUGCUCUACUUCGAGCAGAUCGUGGUGUGGCUGGGCCACUUGGUGCUCGUGGCGGUGAUCGCCGGGUACGCCGCGCUCAACAGCAGCAUCGCCGCCGCCGUGGGCACCGAGCCGACGUUGGACGAGGUCGUCCAGCAGUUGACGCUGGCGUGUAUCAAGCUGGACAUGUUGUUGGCGCCGAUGACGCUGUUGCGGCUCACCGUGUCUGAUAUCAAGCGCUUGGUGUUUACCACGGUGUUUUUGACCCCGUUAUACCUUGUGGUGGCGGCGCUCUUCAUCAAGCCCCGCAUCAUUUUGUUGGUCACCGGGGUGUACAUUUUGACCUACCACCUGGCGACGAUGCGGGUGUUCCGGCGGUUGUUGUGGCGGUUCAAAGCGACGCGGGUGGUGGUGUUCUGGAUGACGGGGCUCGACUUCAACCUGCCCCGCAACCGCCAGUUGCUCCACGCGGCGAUGGCGAAAGUGCACCGCUACACCCCCGACGCCGGCGGCAAGCCCGUGCGGUUCACCUACGUCAUCUACGAGAACCAGCGCAAGUGGUUGGGCAUCGGCUGGACCCACAACUUGUUGACCUAUGAGCGCGCGCCGUGGACGGACGAGUUCCUCAACGAGCUGGCGCUGACCGACGAUUUCAAGCUUCCCGAGCCCACGGACGACACCCCUUAUACCCUGGCGAUUGCCCACGCCAAGUGGCGCUGGGUCGACAAGACGUGGCGCCUCGACCUAACCAACGACGGCGCCAUCCAGCUCCCGGCGGCGAAGCGGCUGAAGACCACCGCCAACCCGGCGCCGGACGAAGGGUUUGUUUAUACGGAUAACACCUGGAAAUCACCGGCGACCACCGACACGUUCUCGAAGUAUACCCGGCGGAGACGGUGGAUCCGCACCGCCGAGUUGUGCUUCGAGCCCGACAACCUGGCCGCCACCACCUCAGCGGUUGAUUCGUCAGCUACCGAAGUGAAACUGCGUAAACUGUUGCGGUUUGUCGAGGAAACGGAAACGGUGGAAGUGGUGGAGGAAGAUGUGGAUGAGGUGGAUGACACCGUCGAUGAGACCGUCGAUGAAAAGGCGUAG